AUGGGUUGUGUUCACUGUAGACCAUGUGUCCGCAUGUGUUCAGGGGCCUCUGGGGAGACUCCUCAGUUCAAACCAUCGGAGAAUGCAGCUGCUCCCCAGGUCCAGAUUGGCUUUGGCUGCACAGGAAGCCACUUUUGGGGUUUCCAAGGACAUAAUGCUUUUCCAGACAUAGUUACCAUGGCAAAGGGCAUAGCAAACGGCUUCCCGAUGGGGGCUGUAGUGACCACAGCAGAGAUUGCCAGGUCAAGGGGACUUCAUUUCAACACGUUUGGAGGAAACCCAAUGGCCUGUGCAGUCUCCUCAUCAGUGCGAGAUACAAUAAUAGAGGACAAGAUGCAGGAGAACAGUGCUGAAGUGGGGACGUACCUGCUGACUGAACUGGCCAAACUCAGAGACAAGUACGAAAUCAUCGGUGACGUGAGAGGAAAGGGGCUUCAGAUCGGGGUGGAGAUGGUCAAAGACAAGGCCAGCAGGGACCCACUCCCUUCUGAGGCCAUGGCUGAGAUCUUCGAGGACACUAAAGACAUGGGUGUACUGAUCGGAAAAGGGGGGCUGUAUGGACAGACUUUCAGGAUCAAGCCUCCUACGUGCAUAACCUAAGACGACACAGUUUUCCUUGCUGUAUUCAACCAGGCAGUGCAAAACUACAUUGAAAGAAGAUAAGACAUGCAGAACGUGAUGAAGACACAUUGGCUCAUAUUUCAUCUGGAGAGUUAUACAUUACAUAACAGGUCUGGGCAGUUCAUCUAAAGACCACCAAAAUAACACAAUUUCACACUCACACUCCCUAAUGAGCACAUAGAAUGGCAGAGAAUGAAUGUGCAUAGCUCUUCUGCUGUUUUUGUUCAGACCAAUGUAAAUAUCAACUAUGUGAA